CUUGCUCUUCUUCCACUUGGGAUUGGGAAGAGGAAAUUUAUCAUGUCAAUCAAAGUCUUUCUAAACUUAAUUAGUUAAUUUUUUAGCAUGUAGUAAUUAGUUUGUAAUCGUGACAAAUUAUUCCUUAUCAUGAUCUAAAAAUAAAUUUUAAACUUAUCAUGAAUCAUUUCACUGUAUUUUUAUAGUUUUAGGACUUUAGUAUGUAGAUAAAUUACAAAUUACAAUUUGAGUAGAACCAUAGGUAGAUUAUUAUUUAAAGAUAACUAACGACGACCCCCAAAUCGUGACCAUGUUGAGAUUGAUAUGACCUGACUUGCAAUAGUAGAUAUUACACAAAAUGACUACGUUGUCAAAACCCACCGCCACGGUUACACCCCCGAUCACGGUGAGAACCCAUUAUGGCGAAAACAACAUCAACGCCGGCCCUCUUAAAGAACUCCCGGAAGUUUGUGUCGACCACUUUCACGGAAAUUCGUUAAAAUCCACGGCCUUCUUCCUGUCCCAUGCUCACACGGAUCACAUGGUUGGCCUGGAAGGGAUCGACUUCCUCACCCGCCUCCGCGAGCCUAACGUUACCCUUUAUACAAACUCAAUCACGCCUAUUUUGCUAACCUCGUUUGACAACUACCUGGGCGGCAAAGAAGGUCAAGCUGGGCUUAUCAGGGCGCAUAAAAUCAUCCCAAUGGGUACACACACCCCUAAAAUUAUCCGGAUUCCAUCCAUCGCCGAUAAAGAUGUCUAUGUCACCGUACAGGUCACCCUUCUUCCCGCAGAACAUUGUCCAGGUUCCGUCAUGUUCUUAUUUGAAACGGAAAAUCUUCGAAUCCUUCACACUGGUGAUUUUCGUACACCCGUCAGCUCGUUAAUGGCAUUGCCAGCGUUACACCUGCCACCAUUAAACGCUGCCAAACCGACCGAAUUGGGCCCCCUUAAACCAAUCGACCACCUCUACAUCGACACCACCUUUUGUACCACCGACUACGCCAAGAUGUUCCCCUGUCGGAGAGAGGUUAUCAAAACUGCUGUCGAUGAAAUCACAAAGUAUUUUAAAGAGUCCAAGCAGUCCAAUGAGAAUUGGAUUUUUAUCAAGUUUGCUGCCAAAUUCGCCCACGAAUUCACGCUGAUUGAAAUGCACAAACAUUUAAAUAUGAAAAUCCACGUGACACAGAAACGUUACGAUGUUUACAAGUAUAUACAUCACACACUGCUUAACGCGGUCACAUUGGACAGAUACAGCACAUUACUACACUUUUGUGACGAUCGUGCCUGCAUUGGUGGGAAUCGUCUGGAAAUGAAGUUGUCCUCGAUGUGGUACUCCAUCCGUCCACAGAUUACUAACGUUACCGCUGUCUCUCCGCUUGCUGUUUUACGCGCUCUCCGUGGUCGGGGUCGUGGCCGUGGGAGAAGUCGUGGCGUUGGCCCAGAGGGAAAUUUGCUCAUGGAAAAAAAGAUGGCUACAGUGAUUCGAACGCCGAAACGAUUAAGUGUCUGUUAUGCGAUGCACCCAUCGUUGGAAGAAAUUGUCCAUGUCAUAGAAUAUCUGAAGCCGAAGAUUGUCACACCAUUAGUGAUGCCAUUCGCUUCGACGUUGCACGAGAUAAAAGAGGCCUUCCGAGCUCACUGUUGCCACUCCUUCCUCUACGAAGACUAUCGAACAUCAAGUGAACAGAUUAAUGAUCCGGCUAAUCGACUCACCAAAAAAUCUCCCCAUUUAAAAGCCCGACUCAACCCUGCCCUUUUGGGGAUGGUCCCGAUCAAAAAGUGGGCAGAAGAUAUUGACCCCGACGCCUCCGAGUCUUCCGGUGACGAACAAGAAAUCCAAGUUCCAGGACACACUCCUAAAAAGACGAUCGUCAUCCAAUUUAAUCGUGACCCUAUUGAAGACAGCGACAAGAUAGACCCCGCCUACAAAUUCGAAACUUUUGCUAAAGACGAUGACUCUUCUUCUCCAGAAGAGGAAAAACCAAGCACGAGUGGGACUGGCUUGCAGCAACGUAAACUAAUCCUGAUGGAUUCCUCGUCAUCGUCACUUUCGUCGCCCUCACCAACGCCGAGGAAAAAAAAUGAGACCAUGGCAGAGAGGAGGUUGAGAAGAAGGAAGCGAAAGGAGACCAAACGGAAUAAAAACAAUUUUAGCAGUCAGUCAUCCAAUGAUGACGGUAGUCCAGUCAAAAUUAAGAGAAGGAAGAUGAAAGUGGGCGAUCCACGGACAAGAUGUAUUAGUUCGAGUGUAGUAAGAAAACUGGAAUUUGAAGGGAUUCCCCUCCCUGGACCAUCGUCACGGUCACAUGCACGACCACCACAAGAGACAACUGUAACACCUGUGACCCCACCAACAACACCAACUACCAAAAUUCUCACCCCUGAACCAUCAACUUCAAUUUCUUCCACCAGUAAAACUGUCGUGACAUCAUUUCAAAGUCCGAGCGGGCCGUCAAUUCUGACUCCCACUCCAUCCACUACUCCUACAACUAAAACUCCUCUUCCUGCAAAAACAACUUCGACAUCUUCACCCUUUGCAAGACUCGACGUGCUAUUCUCCCAGUCGCCUUUGUCCUCUCCGACCACCUCACCCAUCAAAACUACUCCUCUCGUCUCGCCGACCAAGUCUAAAUCGGUAUGGUGCCAAACUCCUGGUGAAAAAACACCACCUUGUACAAGACUCGACGUACUCUUCUCCCAAACUGAACCUGACGCUGCCCUGAUCUCUUCGCUACCCACCCAAGUUGUCGUCGUCCCGUCUGAAAAACCUGCAUCCACGCCAAAAGUAGGAGCAGAUGUUGUAAUCAACGUAUUAUCCCAGACUCCUCCGGAAGCCCCUUCUCCGUCCACUACGGCCUCGCCUGAUUCUCCCCCCAUAAAAACCGUCUCACCCACUGUGACCGUUGCGGAAACAAAAGUUUUGGAUGUGAUUGAUCUUUCAUCCUCCCAAACUCCUCCUCCUCUUCCCGGUCUGUCUACCUCGACCUGUUCAACUAUGAGUCCUUCCCCCACAAAAACCGUCUCAGAAACUCCCACAAGCACAAAACCAGCUUCUCCCUCGGCCUGCAAAAAACUCGACUUUCUCUUCGAAAGUCCAGAAAAGUCAGUUUUCACUUGUCCUACGACUUCACCCAAUAAAAGACCCAUCGAAAAUCUACCUUCAACUUCCACACGGAACACAACUCGAUCAAGACUAGACAUUCUCUUCUCAUCAUCACAGUCACCUCUGACCUCGCCGACGACAUCACCCACAAAAACUACGCUUGCUAAGUCAUCCUCUAAAAACUUUGAACUUAUCACGAUUGACGAUGACGAUCCUGGAAGUGAAACUGACUUUGAAGUCGAGUCAAACUCUUCUAAUUCGCAAACCCAGGUUAUAGAAUAGCAAUAUUAAGAAUUGUUCACAUUUUAUCAUGACAGAAUCAUUCAGAUAUAUAUAUCAUGUUAUAAAAACUUUAUUUAUUUUUGGAAUGCAUGUUUUCGAAAGAAAAUAAAAAUAAAAAUAUUUAUAAAAUAA